AUGUCAUCAUCACCCGACAGCCCUCCCAAGAGGCCAAGACUGUCUCUUCAGAUCAAGGCAAUCUCCAACGGCCCGAGCGUUCGCACUUCUCGCAACUUGGCAGCGGCCGUAAACCCGAGAUCCCCGACGUCUUUCAAUACUCUUUCAAAUGUCUACGUCACAGCCAUAGGCAAAUCCGCACCUGUUGAGGAGCCACUGACCGCCAUCAACACAAGGAGCAGAGGUCUGCCACUUAAACUUCAGACACAAAAUGUAUCUACAACGGCACAGUCAAUAUCAGCCUUCGGGGUUGGUCCCGAGACUCCCUUGACUGCCCAGCCAAUGUCACCGGCCGUCUUGCAAAACAUAACAUUCCCAAGUACUAUGACUGCUACACCACCACUGUCUGCUGGUCCGAUGGAGGCGGCCGAUGCCAGAGUUUUCACCUUCUCCGCCGAGGAUACUUCAGCCACGAGGCCGAGGACCGACAUGACCUCGCAGCUCAUGUCUCCCCGAACGCCAAAAAGGCGUACCGCGGCUCCGGGCACCGGUGGAUCUCGGGCUGCGCCUUACUCUCACAACCCGCGCUCGUUGCCCAGUAUUCUACGUAACUCUCCGCUACCACGCCUCCCUACCAUGUCUCCUGACUCUCCAAGGAGGCAGUCCAAGCGUCUUCAAGAAAAGGCCGCUCGCCGAGUGUGCUACAACACACCACUGACCCAAACCAUCACGACGAACAAAUACACCAAGUCGCACAUCGACUUGCUCUGCGAGGAGGCGUCGCCUUUCUCGCCAUCUAAGCCGGCAUCCGAAGACCCAGAGAUCGUUCUUGACCUCGCCAUGGCUUACACCGGCGACGAGACGCGGGAUGGCGGCCAAACACCUGGUCCUUACGAGGAGAUGCGGAGGCGAAUGGCCGGCCUGGCUGCUGCCUCACCGCUGUCUUCACCAAGCGGCAUCAAAAAGCGGACUUCUAAGAAGCGGGAGAAGAAGCGUCGCUGGGUCUGGACCAUCGGGGUCGAGGACGAAGAGGGUGACGAUGUUGGAGGAGCCGUGGCCGCCUACCGCGCCGCCGAGGCCGCUGCAGCCGGGACACCACUGAAAUUGACGGCUCCGACGAUGGUCAGAGACGAACAGCGCGAACCCCUCAGUGCGAUACCUAAGCUGUGCAUCAAUACCAUGGCAGUGUUCAACCAGCAGCAAAGGGCCUACGAUCAACCAUCCCUGGACGAGAUCACCCCAAGCAUCGAGUCUUCAGAUUUUAGCAGCCAGAUCGGCGGCGAAUCGUCGGCGUCGGAAAUGGACGUCGAGAUGUCGGACGUGAGCAGCGUCACAUCGGACAUGGGUGAGAGCUGCUACGGCGGUGGCCUGAACCCACAGCAGUCGGACUACGAGCUUGUCACUCCGACGCUGAUGAGGUCCAACAAGAGAUUCUGCUCCGGGUCGAGAUUGGGAUCGGAGGAUAUGAUGAGUUUUACGGCGGGCAGUCGGAGGGACACGCCCAUCCCGGCGCAUUUGACUUGCUCUUGA